AUGGCCUAUAGCUCGAGCUCUAGCAUGCAAGACCUGUUCUAUAUGGACAGUGCACCUAUCCCAUCCACGUCGACCUCGACGCCCUCGACGCGCUUUACUGUCGACUAUGCUCCCCGCCCAAGUCCGAUCCACAACUGGUUGGCCGCCCACCGACCGUAUCUGCCCCAUGACGAGCCCGCUUCAUCGUGCUCGACCCCGCGCUCUGCCUUUUCCGACGACGAAGAGUCAGAGUCUGAAGAUGAAUAUGAACAAGAGAGCAGCAGUGACGAGUCGGAGCAAGACGAGCGGGAAAUGAUCUUUCUGCGCCCUCGACGCCAUGGCUCUGCCUCGCCCUUUGCCCGCUCGUCCUCUGAGCUCGCGUCUGCCCGCCAGCAGCAGCAGCAGCAGCAGCAGCAGCAACAACAACAACACACGCAAACUUCGUUCAAGUCCUGUAUUGCCAACUCAAAAGGCAAAGCAGUCCAACUCGCCACGGAUGAUCGCUGCCCUCGCCUCCAAGUGGUACCUCUUCAUUCGAGGCUGCUCCUUGCACCUCGCACUGGUCAUCAGACGAGGAAGACGAUUCAGACGAGUACGAGCGCCGACCCCGUGGACGUUCCUAUAGGCGAAGGAGCACACUCCGCCCAGAAGACAACGACGAGGCGCUAUGGACUGUCGCUCCUCAUGAGCUCUCUCGACCGCAGCCUGCCCAUCCCCAUCUCCCCUUCCCCCCUCCGCCACCCAUACUUUGAUCCCAGUCGGGACGACGUCUCCAUCGUUCUCUCCACCACCGAGCAGCCCAUCUCGUCCCCCCAGGACACAAAAGCCGCUCGCCAGGUGUUCCAAAAAGGCCAAAGCUUUUACAACGGCUGGUUGCACGAGUACGUCGCUGCACACCACUGA